CGGGUUCACGCCCACGUUCUUCCGUCGCGUGCUGCUCGGUGGUCUUCGGUGCUUGUUACCUUAGAGUAGAAAUUUCUGGUGCCUAUCAAAGUUGACUGAAGUGUUAAAACAAAAAUAAAUAUGUCAAACUACGAAAGUCUUUGCUUAUAGAACGUCUUCUCUUGAAUAUCGGGAUAGUUAGCUUGUGGCUAAUUGGUAAGGAUGAAGACAGCCAGCGCCACCAGCAGCAGCAGCAUCAUGGAAGUGUUUGAAAGGGGCAAAGUGGUGAAGAUCUGUGCCCCAAUGGUUCGAUAUUCAAAGUUGGCGUUUAGGACUUUAGUUAGGAAGUACAGCUGUGACAUCUGCUUCACCCCAAUGAUCAUUGCAGCUGACUUCAUGCGGUCUGUCAAGGCCAGAGACAGUGAAUUUACCACCAAUAAAGGUGAUCGACCCCUGAUCGUGCAGUUUGCUGCCAAUGAUGCUCAGACUCUGGCUGAUGCAGCCUGUGUGGUGGCUCCUUACUCAGACGGUGUUGAUCUCAACUGUGGCUGUCCUCAGAG